CAUGGGGGCACUAGUGGUGGCGGACUCCACUAAAAUCAUGACCAGCAAAGAAGCCUGGAAGGAAACACUGCCAGGCUUCCCAAGAAACGAUUCUGAAAGUUGUGGAAGUGGGAAACACUGAGAUGAUGCAUUUGGGCGCGAGCUGCAUUGAAGUUGACGGUGGCGGUGUCCAUUGCUCCCAUUCACAAAUCUGUAGAUCAAUGGCUCUGAGUUGCCCUUCAGCCGCUAAGCUGUAGCUUGUACGGUGCUGCGUUGAACAAAAGAUCAUUCUUAAAGAUCAUUCUUGUUCCCUUUUUUGACUCUUCUCAGAAACGGGGGAGCAAUAGGCAUACAGGACCAGGAUCGCAGCUUUGCAGAGGGUUAAAUUGAGAAGCUGGAACGAUGGAUGUUCAAGAACUUGACCCCGACUUAGUCGACCCGUGCCCUGAUAUACACGCUCUCUUCUGCCACUACAACGAUUUGUACUUUCAGGGCUCUCUUGGGGCCUGCAGUGUCCAAUGGAGCUCCAAGAGGAUGACACUCUGCGCAGGAACCUGCUCCUACCAGAAUGGUGGUGGCUGCGUCAUCAAGUUGUCUGAGCCGCUGCUCAAGUUCCGGCCCCCAAAAGACCUGAAGGAGACGUUGCUGCACGAGAUGAUACACGCCAAAAUCUUCCUUACGAGUACGAUCAGAGACCAUGAAGAUCACGGGCCUCAGUUCCAGUCAAUCAUGAAGGGCAUCAAUCAGAGCCCAAUCGACGACCACCAGCGUCCCUUUGGCGGAUACGACAUCGGAAUCUACCACACAUUCCGGGACGAAGUGCAACACCACCGCCGGCAUGCCUGGACGUGUCAGUCCUGCGGACGGGAGGUGCGCCGCGCCAUGAAUCGGACACCCUCUCCGUCCGACUGCCGCUCGCGACCGCCCCCCGGAACGGAGUGCACGGAUUCGCGCUGCUUGUGGCAUACGCAUGAGAAGACGUGCGGGGGGGCAUUUGUGAAGACAGAGGAGCCUGAGGGGUAUGGGGAGAAAGGAAAAGGGAAGAAGAGGAAAGGGGAGGAGGGGGCAGAGAAGAAGGCGGGCGAGGGGGCGGGGCGCAAGGGGGCUCUGGAUGCAUGGGUGAAGAAAGGGAGCAAGGAACCUGCAACAAGCGCCCGCGACGCAGCAGCGCAGGCGGCCGAGAAACGGUGGCAGGAAAACAACGCUGCAGACGAGAAGCCGGUUGACGAAGGGGAGGGGAAGAAGCGGCAGCGGCGCGGCAACGGCUGGGUGGCACCGAAGAACGGGGUCGCUGGUGACCCGACGUUUGUGGAUCUGGAUGCCUCACCAGGCAAAGAAGUUUCGAAGGACCUGGAGCCCGGUUCUAAAGCCGUGCCGCCUCGGCAGUCGGGGGAUGGAAAGCCGGCGAGAGCGAAACGGGAGGAAGUAAACCUGGUGGAGUCGACUCCUAUUACCAAGUUCUUCCGGAAGAGGGAGGGGCCGGCGGAAGAGAGGGAGCGUAAGGUGCCAAGGCUUGAUUUGUCGACCCCGGAAAGUAAGGGAGGUAGCGGGAGCAGGGGCUUAGCAGAGUUUCAAAACAAGGGGAAGGACGUGGCGCCAGUCGUUGAUGGGGACGGCUGGGAAGUCUUUCCCUUGGAAGAGGACGUUGGGACGGCGGUAGUGGAAAAUACGAGCGGUGAGCAAAGACUUGCAGGCGAAGAGUUAGUGCGAGCCCCUUCUGAAGAUGGUCCGGCGUUCAGAAGAAAGGGCUGUUUGGUCGGGCGUGCUGACGGGGAGGCGGGCCUCGACACCACAACACGUGCGCAGGCGGUCGCUCCUCCGGAGGAAAACGGCGUCAAUGGACGCGCGAACGGUGGGGCGGGCACUGAGAGGGGCUCGGAGGGCUCAGACCAAGAUGGUGACGUCAGCGAGGAGGAGAGCGAUCCUGAAUGGACGGAGGGAAUGCGAAACAAGCGGACGCGAUGGGAACGGAAAACUCGAGGCAGGCGGCGCAAGAAGAGCGGGAAGAAGGUGGUUCGAGAAGAGAGCGACUCGGAAGAUUUGCUCGAGUUAGACCCUAGGCCCAGUAAGCAAGUCGGGAGCGGAGCGAAACGAGAACGAUGUUCUGGGGGGGAGGAGAUGGAGUGGGAGAAAGAGGAGGGGGUCAAGAGCGAGCCGGAAAAGAAAGACGGCAUCCGGAAGUACUUUCUGAGGAAGGGUGCAGCGCAGGGGGGAAUAGCAGGGGAUAGAGCUCCUGGGUCUGGGGGGGCAACGAUAGACUUGGACGAGGACGCUGAUGCGGAGCAAGGGGUGGGGUCGUUGCAGGACACGCGCAGAGGGAAAAAGCGGAAGCGAUCCUCGGGGAAGGAGAUAGGGUUAGAGAAGCCGGUCGCUUUCGAGGAUCCCGACUGGCGAGGGGUUGAGCGGUACGGUGUCCUGCGGAAGCAAGGGAUCGGCGUUGCUGACGUGGGCAAUUUUGAGGUUAAUUGGCAACGGCGUGUGCAGUGGAUGAAGGAGACUGUGGAGGAAGGCGAUUGGGAGGGGAGGUUGGAAUCCAAGCGGCAGCGGAGGGUGGGCCCCGAAAUGGGAGGAGGCGAUGGGAGCAGCGAGCCAACGCAGGGGGGCCAGGUCAGCGGGGAAAUGAGGGGGGGGGAAAGCAUGGAGUUGCCUGGGGGCAGUGGCUUGCAAAGAGAGAGGAGCGACGUGUCUGAGGAGAUGGGGGCGAUGCGCCUGGACAGUUCUGGCCCGGUGGAGCAAGAGCAGGCCGGAUCAGGGGGCGCUAUCCGCAUGCGGAAAGCUUCGGUCGUGUCGCGGGGCGACGGAUUAGGUGGGGCCGAGAAGGUCGCUCCGGAGAUCGACGCGAAACAAUCGGACAGUGGAAAUGAAGAGUCGCAAGCUGAGGCCAAGCUGGAAAGCGGAGACAGGCUCAGAGGUUGGGAAGAGGCUCGGACUAGAGGGGCGAAGCUGACGGAAGAAGAGCUUCAGGCUGCAUUACGUUCUGGUCUGGACGAAGAGCCUGCCGAACUGGAUGUUUUGCCAGCCGCCGAAACGAAAAGCCAGGGUUACGGUUCCGGGGGCCACAAUCGCUCGCGGAGAGUGCUCGCCCUAUCUUCUCAAGAUAGUUAUCAAAGCGGUGACGCCGGGGAUCGGGUGCAAAAAGCUGGUUUAUCACCUGAGAAUCCGGAAGGACAAGAAGAGCCCUCCGAGGAGGCAGUAGUCUGUCCACUUUGCCAAAAGCGGUUCCCUGCUGGCACCAACGAGGAAGCUGUGAACGCUCACGCCAACCAGUGCCUGGAUCAGGGCACAGUUUAGGUCGCAUGGUAAUGAGUGACACAAGGCUCUUCGACAGGCAACAUUGACAAGCAAGGCCGUGAAGUUCCGCGGCCGCCUUACUUGAAUCCAACCUCGAUCACAGUUUCCAUGGGGCUAGCAUGUGUUCACAGAUUGCAAUUAUUCCGGUUGUGGUCGGAC